AAGGUUGGUUCCCAAGGCCACGUGAAGCGCGCAAACAGGCGAGACUAAUGCAAGACGAAAGUUAAGAACUCCCGGACCUCUGCGACGCAGCUGCCACCCGCCGGGGCCUCAACAGCUGUCAACGACCGCCCCAGCCGUGCCUAAUCCAGCGGAGCUGAGGUCACCGCGGAGGAGCGAUGUCUCGCUGCAGCCCCGGCGGGAGCCUCGGGCAGCCAUCACGGCUGCUGCUGCUGCUGCCAUUGCUGCUGUCGGCCUUGGCCGCAGCCGGCGAGCAGAACCCAGCAGGAGUCCUCUACGCAACUGCGUACUGGAUGCCUGACAUGAAGACUGUGGAAGUCAAAAACGUGCUGGACAAGAAAGGGGACGCCUAUGGCUUCUACAAUGACUCUGUGAAGACCACGGGCUGGGGCAUCCUGGAGAUCAGAGCCGGGUACGGCUCUCAAGCCCUGAGCAACGACAUCAUCAUGUUUGUGGCUGGCUACCUGGAGGGUUACUUCACUGCUCUACACAUGUUCGACCACUUCACAAACCUCUACCCACAGUUGAUCAAGAAACCUGCCAUGGUGGAUAAAGUGCGAAACUUCAUGGAAAAGCAAAAUCUAUGGACUAGGGAAAACAUCAAAAAAUACAAAGAUGACCCGUUUUGGAGACACACCAGCUAUGUUCUAUCACAGCUGGAUGGGCUGUACGUUGGAGCACUGAAAAGAGCUUCCAUAGAAAAGACAAAGCCCCUGACUAUGUUCCAGAUCCAGUUCCUGAAUGCAGUUGGGGAUCUUCUGGAUCUUAUUCCCUCCUUAUUUCCCACAAGAGACAGCCUGAAGGUUUUUAAGAGAUGGGACAUGGGACACUGCUCUGCUCUUAUUAAGGUCCUUCCUGAAUUUGAGAAUAUCCUUUUUGGGCACUCAAGCUGGUACACCUAUGCAGCCAUGCUCAGGAUAUAUAAACAUUGGGACUUCAACAUCAAGGAUGAACAGACCAGGAGCAGCCGCCUCUCUUUUAGCAGUUACCCAGGGUUCUUAGAGUCUCUGGAUGACUUCUACAUUCUUAGCAGUGGCUUGGUAUUGUUGCAGACCACCAACAAUGUGUAUAAUCAAACCUUGCUGAAGUUGGUGGUACCCGAGGCUCUCUUGGCCUGGCAGAGAGUCCGUGUAGCCAACAUGAUGGCAACUGGUGGCAAGGAGUGGGCAGAGAUAUUUUCACGGUACAACUCUGGCACCUACAACAAUCAGUACAUGGUUUUGGACCUGAAGAAGGUGAAUCUGAAGAAGAGCCUUGACAAAGGCACGCUGUACAUUGUGGAGCAAAUCCCUACAUAUGUAGAAUAUACUGAACAAACGAAUAUUCUACGAAAAGGAUAUUGGCCUUCCUACAAUGUUCCUUUCCAUGAGAAGAUCUACACGUGGAGCGGCUACCCACUGCUGGUUGAAAAGCUGGGUUUGGACUACUCUUACGACUUAGCUCCACGAGCCAAAAUCUUUAGGCGCGACCAUGGGAACGUGACUGACAUGGCUUCCAUGAAGCAUAUCAUGCGAUACAACAACUAUCAAGUGGACCCUUACACUCAUGGUGAUCCCUGCAGUACCAUCUGCUGUCGUGAGGACCUGAACUCAGCUAAUCCAAGCCCUGGAGGUUGCUAUGAUACAAAGGUGUCAGACGUCUACCUCGCGUAUCAGUACAUGUCCUAUGCCAUUAGUGGUCCCACAGUACAAAAUGGCCUCCCUGCUUUUCACUGGAACCGGUUCAACAAAACUCUCCAUCAGGGGAUGCCAGAAGCCUAUGACUUUGAUUUCAUUACCAUGAAACCAAUUUUAGCACAGGAUGUAAAAUGGAAAGGAGAAAAUAGAGUUGCAAAGACACCCAAGGCACUAUUUUAGCUAUCCUGUCCCAUCAGUACUCAAUAAAAUAUACUAAAUUCA